AUGGGCGUCAUCGCAGAGAGAUACUACUACAGCGACGGCUACUACUACGACACGCCCUGGAACCGCUGGGGCCGCUGGGUCGUCCUCGCCGCCCUCGUCGUCGGCGCCUUUUUCGUCUUCCUCCUCUUUGCAUGCAUCUCUGCUCGCCGUCGCCGUCGCCAGGGCCUGCAGCCUUUCCGGGGUACUGGAUGGGCCGGCAUGGGCCAGCAGGGCCAGCCGCAGUACCAGCACCAGCAGUACCCCCAGCAGUACCCUCAGCAGUAUCCCCAGGGCCAGCACCAGCAGCAGUACCCUCCGCCGCAGCAGUAUCCUCCCCAGCCGUAUGCCCAGCAGCACCAGGACGGCGUCUCUAGCCCGCCGCCGCAGUACGGAGCUGCCCAGGACUACUACGCGCCCCAGCAGACCGGCGUAGAGCUGCAGCAGCCUCCCCAUGCCUACGGCCAGAACUACCCCGGCCAGAAAGGCUGA